AUGGAUGGACACAUACUGCACACGUUCAUCCCACGGGGAUCAAAUGACGACGCCCAUGGACAUCGAGCCGUGGUGGUAGCAGGCGUGCUGACGGCGCUUUCGGUCCUUGUUGUCGGCAUGCGCAUGUGGGCUCGCCUCGGAGUGAUGAAGUUGAUGGGUCGAGAAGAUUAUACCAUCCUUGUGUCUUUGGCUCUGGCCAUCUGCUACUUUGGUCUCGUUUGCGCUGAAGUACAUUUUGGCCUGGGACAGCCGGACGACACCCUGUCCCCGCGGGAAUUGAAGCUACAACUUAAGAGUCUCUGGGCCUCAAUCCCCCUAUACAACGCCAGCCUGGGCUUCACUAAAUUCUCCAUCCUCUUCCAAUACCUGCGCAUCUUCCCCGAAAAGCGAUUCCGCCUCGCCUGCUGGGCCGUGCUAGGCAUCGUCGCACUGUACACCACCUGGGCCGUACUGAGCGGCUACGUCAACUGCGUGCCGGUGGCUAAGUUCUGGGAUCGCGAGAUCCCCGGCGGGUGUCUCAACUUUGAGAUCGUGUGGUUCUUCAACGCGUCUAUGAAUAUCGUCACCGAUGUGGCGCUGUUUAUCCUGCCCAUGCCGCUCCUUUCGCGGCUGCAGCUCCCGCGGAUGCAGAAGGUUGGGCUUAUGGCCGUUUUUGCCAUUGGUAUUCUCGUGGUGAUCACCAGUAUCCUCCGUCUUCAAAGUCUCCGCGAGGUUGCCCGAGCCACCGACACAUCCAAAAGCAACGUCGGCGCCGCCUACUGGACAGCAGCCGAAUGCAACGUCGCCAUCAUCUGCGCCUGUCUCCCCUUCCUCCGCCCCCUCAUCAGCCGCUUCUUCCCCAAACUGCUCUCCACCCGCAGCUACAACCACUACAACGACACCACCACCCGCAACAAGACCGGUGUCAGCCGCUCCCGUCCGCGCAUGGAGCUCUUCUCGCAGGACCGCGACUUCGGCAUGUGCACUAUCGAUGUGGAUGUCAAGUCGGGUGAAGGUCAUUCGAACCCGGCGAGUGGCAUUGAGGUCACGACUACCAUGAUGCAGGAGUCAUCUGGUGGGCGGGAGGAUUCGAGUCAGAGGAGGUUGGUGUUGGGGGUUUAACCUUUCUCUUCGUUCUUUUUAUUGAGCUGUCUUUCUUUCACUCUCUUUUUUUUUUUACUUAUCCACUGGUCGUGUUCACGGCUGCCUCGCCCUGUCUGGGUUUUAUGUUG